AGAUUUUCUCUGCCAGCCAUUUGAGGACAUGAGCUCUGAGGAGACGUCAGUCGGAGAGAAGAGGCCUCCUGAGAUGGAUGGAGGGGAGGAACUUCUAAACACCUCCAGGCGGCUACAUCCAAUGGGAACCUGGUCAGAGAAUUCUGGGAAGUCGUUGGGUUCUAGGUCUUCAGAUGGCUUCCGCUCAUCUCCAUCAGCCAAACCGGCCUUCACUGGCACACCUCAGGACCAAGAGCCAUCUUCCAUGAAGCCUAUUAGACGCUUCAUUCCUCCAUCUUGGAAGAACUUCUUCCACCGCUGGCAGAGACAGCCCUGGACUGAGACUUCUCUCUUGACCUACGCUCCAGAAGACUUCAAACACACCCAGUUUCCCGAGAACCCUCAAAAAACCAUCUUUGAUGGUGAGGGGAGCUCCGCUGACAAUGGGAACGAUAGCGACGGCGAUUUUAAGGGACCCCUCUCAGCUUCCGCCACCCUUUCGGCGCCUGGGAAGACGCCGGCUGCUGUGAGCCAGGGUGCCUUGUCGAGUGGUCCACCCAGCUAUAAGGAGAAGUUGGAGACCUACGACCACAAAUACUCCUACAUGAAGUCGUGGCCUGGCCUCCUGAGGCUGAUGGCAGGCCUGGAGCUCAUCUUGGGAGGGAUGGUCUUUGCCUGCACAGCCGCUUACAUCCAGAAGGACUACCAGUGGUCGGCGCUUUACGGUGGCAACUCUCUGCCCUACAACGGUGUCUUGGGCGGAGGGUAUGGAUACAAUUACUAUGGCCCGAUGACCCCAUUCGUGCUGGUGGUGGUCAGCGUGGUGUGGCUGGUGACGGUGAUCCUGCUAGGCCUCGGGGUCACCAUGUACUACAGGACGAUCCUUCUGGAUUCGCACUGGUGGCCUUUGGCAGAGUUUGGCCUCAACCUCGUCAUGUCCCUCCUAUACAUGGCCGCUGCGAUCGCCUACGUCAAUGACGUCAACCGCGGCGGACUCUGCUACUCCGUACUUGCCAACAACCCGCUCGUUGUCGCCUUGUGCCGAGUCGAAGGAGGGCAAGUGGCUGCCAUCGCCUUCCUCUUCCUCACCACGCUGCUCUACCUGGUCGGCUCCCUCGUCUGUCUCAGGAUGUGGAGACAUCAAGCUGCCCAGAAGAACCCCAUCCUCUUACGGGGGACGCCUCAGCAAGUCAUAGACCAGGAUGAAGUUAAUCCCAAGGAGAAAGUUGCAAGACGCGUCGAGUUCUCAGAGAAGGGCGGAGACCCAGAGGUCUUAAACUUCGCCAUUCCGACAGGCCACCACCCCAAACCUCACAUCGUCCCGGACUAUGUGUCAAAGUACCCAGCCCUCGGAAGCAGGGAGGAGCGUGAAAAAUACAAAGCCGUCUUCAAUGACCAAUAUGCAGAAUACAAGGAGCUGUACGAUGAAGUCCGCACAGCGCUGGGGAAAUUCAAGGAACUGGAGGCGAUGCUCUCCAAGCUUCCUCACCGCUAUCAGAACAAGAAGGAGGAAAGCCGGGUUUCCACUGUGUGGAGAGAUUACCAAAGCAAGAAGGAGGAUCCGGCUUUCCUGGAGAAGCAGGAGCGCUGCGAAUACCUCAAGAGGAAGCUCACCCACAUCAAGGCACAGAUACAGGCCUACGACCAGAAGACCAGCGAGGCCUCUGUAUACUUCUAA